AUGGCAGCUACAGCUGCCUCAGGCUCUGUACUGACGACAAGCGUGCCUCAAAUUCGUACAUCCCUGGCUCUUUCUAAAGAUGAUACUUUAUCAAGGAGGAACCGGAUUAACCUAAUUCCGCCUUGUCAUUUUCCUUUGAUCCGGUUAAACGCCAACCACCAGCAGUCUUGGGAUUCCAUUCACUCCAAGAGUUGGUUCUGGAGUGGCCAAAUAGGGCUUAGCCAAUCUUGGUAUUACAGAGUCGGCGUGAGGUGGCCACGUGAGAUUGCUACUGGUGGAUCAGGCACUCGUAGAAAGAAGAAUAUUGCUUGGAAACAAUGUAGUUCGCUCCUUGGCGAGAGAGUGGUUCAUGCAUCUUUUCCAGAACAAUUUAAGCGCAUAUCUUGCUCCCUUAGCCGCCAUAGAAGCCACUAUAGCCUCAGAAGAUCUACUCCGAGAGCCUUUAUUGAUAAGUCUGCUUUUCGUUUGUAUGGCCAUUCACUUGAUACUGUUUCUGAAACAUUCAAGGUUCCUGUCUUCCUAUUGUGCUAUGGGGUUAGGCUUGGACAAUUGGGGAUUUUAGGGUUUGGAUUAAAGAGAAAGGGAUAUAGGGCAAAGCACGUUCAUAUCCCACGUGCAUCGAUGGGUCCAAAUGAGCCACAUGCAGCAAGUGUAGCCUGCCCAGAUGGUAUUCUUGAGAGACAAGAUUCCCAUUUAUUAGAUUCUGAAUUAGAAAGAGAAAGACUAUUUGAGUUUUUGAAUUCUGAACUUCCAUGUCACCCAAAGUUGCACAGAGGGCAAUUGAAAAAUGGACUCCUUUAUCUUAUUCUACCGAAUAAAGUUCCACCGAACAGGUUUGAGGCACACAUGGAAGUUCAUGUAGGAUCGAUAGACGAGGAAGAUGAUGAGCAAGGAAUUGCACAUAUGAUUGAACAUGUUGCAUUCCUUGGAAGUAAAAAACGUGAAAAACUUCUUGGAACAGGUGCUCGAUCUAAUGCUUACACUGAUUUCCACCAUACGGUGUUCCAUAUUCAUUCACCAACUAGUACAAAGGAUGCUGAUGGAGAUCUACUACUCUCUGUGCUGGAUGCUUUGAAUGAGAUAGCUUUCCACCCAAGUUUCCUUGCUUCUCGAGUUGAAAAGGAAAGGCGUGCUAUACUUUCAGAACUACAGAUGAUGAAUACUAUAGAAUAUCGCGUCGACUGCCAGUUAUUACAACAUCUACAUUCAGAAAACAAGCUGAGCAGAAGGUUCCCGAUUGGAUUGGAAGAGCAGAUUAAGAAGUGGGAUGCAGAUAAAAUUAGGAAAUUCCAUGAGCGUUGGUACUUCCCUGCAAAUGCAACUCUAUACAUUGUUGGCGACAUUGAUAACAUUUCAAAGACAGUUCAACAGAUUGAAAAUGUCUUUGGAGAAACUGGCCUGGAAAGCGAGACAGUUUCUUCUCCUUCUCCAAGUGCAUUCGGUGCAAUGGCUAGUUUUCUUGUUCCUAAGCUCUCGGUUGGACUCCCUGGAAGUUCAUCCUGCGAUAAGUCAUCUAGUUCUCUAGACCAAUCUAAAAUCAUUAAAAAGGAAAGGCAUGCUGUUCGUCCUCCUGUAGAGCAUUAUUGGUCUCUCUCUGGAAGCAAUGCAAAUAUGAAGCCACCACAGAUAUUUCAGCACGAGUUUCUUCAGAACUUUUCAAUUAAUAUGUUCUGCAAGAUUCCAGUGAGCAAGGUCCAAACUUAUGGUGAUUUGCGUAAUGUUUUGAUGAAGAGAAUAUUUUUAUCUGCACUGCACUUCCGGAUUAAUACAAGAUACAAGAGCUCAAAUCCACCAUUCACUUCAGUUGAAUUGGAUCAUAGUGAUUCUGGAAGGGAAGGAUGCACUGUCACAACUCUUACAGUAACUGCAGAACCCAAGAAUUGGCAAAAUGCAAUUAAAGUUGCUGUUCAGGAGGUUCGAAGGCUUAAAGAAUUUGGUGUCACAAAGGGUGAAUUAUCUCGCUACAUGGAUGCACUUCUAAAAGAUAGCGAACAUCUGGCAGCUAUGAUUGAUAAUGUGUCAUCUGUUGAUAAUUUGGAAUUUAUUAUGGAGAGUGAUGCUCUUGGCCAUACUGUGAUGGAUCAGAGACAAGGACAUGAGAGUUUGUUUGCUGUUGCUGGAACGAUCACACUUGAAGAAUUAUUAGAAUUUAUUUCUGAUUUUGGAAAACCUACUGCACCGAUUCCUGCAGCAAUCGUUGCAUGUGUUCCUACAAAAGUGCAUAUUGAUGGAUUGGGUGAAACUGAGUUCAAGAUAUCCUCAAGUGAGAUUACAGCUGCCAUAGAAUCAGGAUUGGAGGAAGCAAUAGAGGCUGAGCCAGAGCUUGAAGUGCCGAAAGAACUGAUAUCUUCAACACAGUUAGAGGAGUUGCGAUUACUACGCAGACCGUCUUUUAUCCCUUUACUUCCAGAUGCAGGUUACACGAAAUUGCAUGACCAAGAAACAGGCAUCACUCAGUGUCGUCUUUCAAAUGGAAUUGCUGUAAAUUACAAGCUUGAUGGAUCUGAAAGUUCUGAGUCAAAAGGAGCUGUUGUUGUGGGUGUUCGAACUCUCAGUGAGGGUGGUCGUGUUGGCAACUUUUCAAGAGAGCAGUCAACUGAGGAAUUUAUUUGUAUGGAGUUCCGCUUCACUCUGCGAGACAAUGGGAUGCGAGCAGCAUUCGAGUUACUUCAUAUGGUGCUUGAGCAUAGUGUCUGGCUGGACGAUGCAUUCGACAGAGCCAGGCAACUCUACUUGUCAUAUUACCGGUCCAUUCCCAAAAGCUUAGAACGUGCAACUGCUCACAAGCUCAUGACAGCAAUGUUGAAUGGGGAUGAGCGGUUUGUUGAGCCAACCCCCCAGUCAUUACAAAAUUUAACACUGAAUUCUGUAAAAGAUGCAGUGAUGAAUCAGUUUGUCGGUGGAAACAUGGAGGUAAGUAUUGUUGGGGAUUUCUCGGAGGAGGAGAUUGAGUCUUGCAUUAUUGAUUACCUGGGGACAGUCAGAGCAACAAGAGGUUCUGAUCAUGAUCAAGAAUUUAAUCCCAUCAUGUUUCGACCUUCCCCAUCUGAUUUGCAGUUUCAACAAGUUUAUUUGAAGGAUACUGAUGAGAGAGCAUGUGCAUAUAUUGCUGGUCCUGCACCAAAUCGUUGGGGUUUCACUGUUGAUGGAAAAGACCUAUUUGAGUCAAUGAGUAGCAUUUUGGUUACUGCUGAGGCACAACCAAAAUCUGACACACAAGAGAUAGACAGGAAGGAAUUUCAGAAGGAUAUGCGAGGAAAACUUAGCAAUCAUCCACUCUUCUUUGGCAUAACGAUGGGGCUACUGGCUGAGAUCAUAAAUUCUCGGCUUUUUACCACAGUUAGAGAUUCUCUUGGGUUGACAUAUGACGUAUCGUUUGAGUUAAGCCUGUUUGAUAGGCUUAAGCUUGGGUGGUAUGUGGUAUCAGUAACAUCAACUCCAGGCAAGGUACAUAAAGCAGUGGAUGCAUGCAAAAGUGUUCUUAGAGGGUUGCAUAGCAACAAGGUUGCCCAGAGAGAGUUGGACAGGGCAAAACGGACGCUACUAAUGAGACAUGAAGCUGAGAUCAAGUCAAAUGCCUAUUGGCUUGGACUGCUCGCUCAUUUGCAAGCCUCUUCUGUUUCGAGAAAGGACGUGUCAUGUAUUAAAGAUCUUACUUCGCUAUAUGAAUCUGCCACUAUUGAGGACAUAUACUUUGCAUAUGAACAAUUGAAAGUAGAUGAGGAUUCUCUCUAUUCAUGCAUUGGGGUUGCUGGGACGCAAGCUGGAGAGGAGAUUAAUGCUGCAUUAGAAGAAGAAGAAACGGAUGAUGGUUUUCUGGGAGCCAUCCCUGUGGGACGUGGGUCCGGCAACAAAACUGGAUUUCAAGAUACUGGUCUCUCUGGUUUAGGGAGACAGUCAUUAAGAUUAUCAAAUGGGAAAGGUCAUGUGGCUGCAGAUCCGCAAUUGAUUGAGCUGUUGCAUGAAGCCACACCUGGACUUCAGAAUGGUCUAAAAUCUGGAGUCUUCCCAUAG